AUGUCGCCCAAUGUCGCUGCUGCUCCUCAAAAGUACAAGAGGGCCAAGUUCGCGCCCAAACUAUUCAAAGCCGCGGCGGAAGGACUGAACCAUGGCAAGGAGCGCGCCUCGACACAUGCAGAGGACUCACCCAAGCGGAAGGCAAAAGCAAAAGCUACGACCAAGAAAGAGGACACGCCGGAGGCACUACCAUCGACGUUCAAAAUCAUCGCUGGCUCAUACGAGAAGUUGCUCUACGGCCUUGAGGGCUCUUCUGCUGCUGCUGGCUCGAGUUACACCUUUUCCUUCAAGCCUGUCUUUAUAUUUCCCGCACACAUUUCUUCUGUACGCGCCGUUGCCGCAUCGCCACAAGGGGGAAAGUGGCUUGCAACCGGGAGUGGAGAUGAGAUCGUCAAGGUAUGGGAUUUGCGCAGGCGGAAAGAGAUUGGAGGUCUCAUGCACCACGAAGGCUCGAUUACACACCUCGAGUUCCCCUCUCGAUCCCAUCUUCUGUCGGCCUCCGAGGAUGGCACACUGUGUCUUUUCCAUGCCAGAGAUUGGGCCGUGUUGCGCUCAUUAAAAGGUCAUAAAGGCCGCGUGAAUUCUGUUGCCGUCCAUCCUUCGGGAAAGGUUGCACUUAGCGUAGGGAAGGACAGAACACUACGGAUGUGGGAUCUGAUGCGGGGCAAAGGCUCGGCGAGUACAAAACUUGGAAAGGAGGCUGAGGUGGUCCGUUGGUCCACCGAUGGGUCACUCUUCGUAGUGCUGACACAAUCUACCAUUGAUAUCUACAAUACUGACAUGUCUCUAUUGCACACAAUUACUCACCCAUCACGGCUACACAGCGUAAAGUUCUGCAAACGAGUCGUUGGUGAUGGAGAGGUCCUCCUCGUAGCAGCCGAAGACAAAAAAGUGUCCGUAUACGAUAUCCCGUUCGAUGUGAUGUCCACGCCUACGAUCGUCGCUGAAAUGGUCGGACAUGCCAAUCGAGUCAAAGCAGUGGAAACGCUUGCCAUCGCACUACCCCACUCCGCGUCCGACCGACAGUCAACCACAGUUGUCAGCACAAUAUCGUCGGACGGGAAAAUCCGUCUCUAUGACAUGGCAGCCCUCCCAUCGUCAUCGAAUGGGAAGGUAGUGCUGCAGCCUGUAGCAGAAUAUGACACAAAGGGAACCCGACUAACCUGCCUUGCCAUGGCCGACGGCGAGGUCGCGAAAAACGCGGUGAAUAGCAAGCGCAAACGCGAUGUAGACGAUGUCGAUGAGAGUAGUGGAGAUGAGGAUGGUGUGUGGGUCUCGCAACAAGAAGAGGGUAGCAAGGACGACGAAGACGAGGAUGAGGAGGACGAGUAGGUCGUGCGCCAUUGAUACAUCGAGAACGUGUACGGGUUCUACAUGAAGUCGAUGGCUCUCUUGCGUCCCCGUAGCGGACCUGCCUGCUUCUCAGCUGCGCCAUUGAGCGAACUCGGCGCCGUGUCUACAACUGGUAGAGGCUCAGCGACAGGUGGCGGGUUCACCGGUAAGCUCUUCGCAACCUCGGGCGGCGGCGCCUCAACCCACAUGCUGUCGUCCUCUUCCUCCACCUUUGACUCCUUCCGCUUCUUCUUCUUGUGCUCGCCAUCCUUGUCCCGCGUCUUCUCCUUCUCCUUGUGCGAUAUUGGUGCGCCGAGGUUUGGCCCGAAGCCGUCCUCUUCGACAUCGAACGACAGCGUGGCCUUACUGGCCUUCUUUUUCUUCUCCUUGUCCUUCUUUCCCGUGCCUUUGCCCUUGUCUUUGCGUGUUUCGCGGCCUGCACGCG